UGCUCUGAAUAUAUCACCUUACCAGAUAAGCCUUUUCACCAAACUGAAAAACAAAAUCAAUUAUUUUUGUUUCCAGUUUCAGGAAUAGAUUGAAGAAAACAUGGCAAAUCAACGGGAUUACAUUAGCAGACCUAUUUGCAAUGGAAUUUCUGUUUCUGAAAAUAAAAUCAAUUCCUUAGUGGCUGAAGGUCAUGGACAACAAAUUCUAAAAGUACUACAAAAGUUCAGAGAACAGAAUAUAUUUUUUGACUUUAAAAUUCUUGUGAAAGAUGAAAUAAUUCCUUGUCAUCGUUGUGUACUGGCAGCAUGCAGUGAUUUUUUCAGAGCCAUGUUUGAGGUUAAUAUGAAAGAACGGGAUGAUGGCAAUGUUACUAUUAGUAAUCUGUCACCUAAGGCAGUGAAAGCUUUUCUUGAUUACGCUUACACAGGAAAAACAGAGAUAACAAAUGAUAAUGUGGAAAUGCUCUUCCAGCUGUCAUCAUUUCUUCAAGUUUCACUCCUUUCCAAAGCUUGCAGUGACUUUCUAAUAAAAAGUAUUGAUCUUGUGAAUUGUUUACAGUUGCUUUCUCUAUCAGAAAGUUAUGGUUCCAUCCGCUUAUUUGAUCGUGCACUAGAUUUUGCACAACACCACUUUUCCUUGCUACUCAGAUCAAGUGAUUUUUUGGAGAUGAAUUUUGAGAUAUUACAAAAAUGUCUUGAGGCUGAUGAACUAAAUGUCCCUGAGGAAGAAUCAGUGUUGAAAGCUGUCCUUCAGUGGACCAAACAUAACUUAGAAACACGACAGAAAUAUCUGCCUCAUUUGAUUAAAAAGGUGAGACUACAUCAGUUACCUGAGAAGACUUUGCAGGACUUUCUGCACUCUGAAGAACAGUUACUCAAGAGUGCUAAUUGCUCUGUAAUAAUCAGUGAUGCAGUUAAAAGUGUACAAAGCUUUAGUGGACUGUUUCCGGAUGCACGUCCUUCAACAACAGAAAAAUAUAUAUUUGUUCAUAAAACUGACGAAGAUGGAGAAAACAGACAUACAUUUUGCUACAACAUCAAGACAGAUAAAUGGAAAGAACUACCACAUACACAUAUGAUUGAUCUUCCAGGGUCAAGUUUAUCUAGUUAUGGAGAAAAAAUAUUUAUAACUGGAGGAUGCAAAGGGAAUUGUUAUAGGACAGUCAGGCUUCAUAUUGCUGAACCAUUCCACGAUGCCACUGACCAAACCUGGUGUUACUGUCCAGUCAACAAUGAAUUCUCCAUAGCGUCAGCUAUGAAAAAGCCAAGGACAAUGCAUACAUCUGUUGUAACCUUAAAUCAGUUGUUUGUAAUAGGUGGAAAGACCAGAGGAGCUCAAGAAACCCGAAGUCUUUUGGAUGUAGAAUCUUACAAUCCUCUUUCCAAAGACUGGAAAUCUGUAAGCCAAUUACCAAGAGGUAUCUACUAUCCAGAAGCAAGUGCAUGUCAGAAUAUAAUUUAUGUCCUUGGCUCGGAAGUAGAGAUUACAGAUGCCUUUAAUCCAUCUCUUGAUUGUUUCUUUAAAUAUAAUGCUAUGACUGAUCAGUGGUCUGAGCUUGUAGCAGAAUUUGGACAAUUUUUCCAUGCAACUUUAAUCAAAGCUGUUCCAGUGAAUUGCACAUUGUAUAUAUGUGAUCUUUCCACCUAUAAGGUAUACAGUUUUUGCCCAGAAACCUGUGUUUGGAAAGGAGAAGGAUCUUUUGAAUGUGCUGGCUUUAAUGCAGGGGCAGUUGGAACAGAAGAUAAAAUUUAUAUAUUAGGUGGUGAUUAUGCUCCAGAAGAAAUUACAGAUGAAGUUCAAGUCUACCAUAGUAGUAGAUCUGAAUGGGAAGAAGUAUCACCAAUGCCUAGAGCCUUAACUGAGUUUUAUUGUCAGGUUAUUCACUUUAAUAAAUACAGGGACCCCUGGUCAUCUGUAAUGACAAUUUGUUCUGGAGAGUUUUGAAACUUCUGAGUCAAAAGAAUCUAUUUAAAUGCACAAGUUUUAGAAGAGACUUUUAGCUAU